CGACCUCUCCUCUCCCUGAAGGUGGACCUGAAACUCCAACACCUCGACCUCUGGGCCAGCCUCCAUGGCCAGGUCCCGGGCUUGCUGGACUGGGACAUGGGCAAUGAGUCCUUUCUGGCCUUCACCACGGCGCACCUGCCCCUGGCGGAGCAGAACCUUGCCAGAUAUAGACUCCGAAUAGUUGAGCCACCAAAAGUACCCGUGGAGAAAACAGCCAGCCCUGGUAACGAUGGCCCAGCCCUUGAGCCCAACCUGUGGAUGUGGGUAAACCCCAACAUCGUGUUUCCCCCUGGAAAGCUGGAAGUCCCAGAACCUCGUAAGUGGGAGGAGCUGCCAAGCACGCUCCCCUCCCCUCAGCUGCCCCCAAAAGAGGAAGACUUCGCCAACUGCUCCUCGGAGGCCACAGCGCCGGGGUCAGAGUCGCUGCCUUCCUCCAGCGAGCAGUCUCCCCCUCGGAAGCGGAAGCGGUUUGCCUCUUCCCCCAGCCCCUGGGAGCUCACAGAAGAGGAGGAGGCUGAGGACCAGGAUGACAGCUCCUCUGUGGCUCUCCCGUCCCCUCACAAAAGGGCCCCCCUCCAGAGUCGGAGGCUCCGGCAAGCCAACAGCCAGGAGGGGAGGCUCUGGUCCCGGCCCCCCCUCAAUUACUUCCACCUAAUUGCACUGGCAUUAAGAAACAGUUCCCCCUGUGGCCUCAACGUGCAACAGAUCUACAGUUUCACUCGACAACAUUUCCCCUUUUUCCGGACGGCCCCGGAAGGCUGGAAGAAUACUAUCCGGCACAAUCUCUGUUUCCGAGACAGCUUUGAGAAAGUGCCGGUCAGCAUGCAGGUUGGGGCCAGCGCGCGGCCCCGCUCCUGCCUCUGGAAGUUGACCGAGGAGGGACACCGCCGCUUUGCGGAGGAGGCCCGCACCCUGGCCUCCACGCGUCUGGAAAGUAUCCAGCAGUGCAUGAGCCAGCCAGAUGUGAUGCCCUUCCUCUUUGACCUUUAAAUCCAAGAAGCAGGAGUCAGCCCAUCCCUUAUUAAAGUUACC